AUUGAUCUGAAGGGUGCUGGCGAUUUGAACAACACCUCACCUCCACAACCACAGAUGGAGGUCACCAAAUUCGUCGCAUCCGGGCGCGAGAAGGCGAAGCUUGAGGGUGACUAUGCAUCGUAUCGAAAAGGCUUGUCAAACCGGAUCCAUAAUCUACGAACGAAGCUUGGGACCGCACAGAAACCCCGCGGGAAGUACGAUUCCAGCAAGGCGACAGUGUCAGUUGAGGACAUUGCGCGCAACAAGGAGUUCGUCCGUCUCUUGUUACUUACCUCUGAGCGAGCAUGGGCACAUGCGAUGUCCAUGAGGGAGAUCCAUUCCACAGAGAAGAAAGGCAUCACGGGCUCGACUCGCACACAUAUCAUUUCCCGUCUACACAAAGCUACCAUAUACGCGAAUCAUCUGUUCCAACUUCUUGCCGACCAAGCGACAUCCGGAGCAGUCGACGAGGAUGUUUUGGAAGCACGUGCAUAUGCAGCUUCCCUCUCCGGAGCAACUGCAUUCGAGAAGCAGAACUGGGAGCCUUGUGUGAAGAGCUACUCGGAAGCUAGGAUCAUAUACAGCGCGCUAGCUACAUCUACGACGAACGAUGUCUUCAGGGAUCUACUGACGGACCCCAUUGAUCCAAGUAUACGCUAUGGAGCAUACCAGAUGCGACUACCACGAACCGUUGCCAUUGAAGCUAUAGCACGGAAAUACUUCCCAACCUCUGAUGACAAACUAGUCUCCCAAGUCGAGAAGUUAGAUCCCGAUGUCCUGAGUGAAAGACCAACAAGAGCGAAGGCAACGACUGCAGAAACCGGUACCAUUCCCAAGACCAUAACUUGGAGGUCGCGAACAGUGGAUUUGGAGGAUGCUGCCAUUGCAACUGCCUUGGCUUCCGUGAAUAGUGCAGCUCAGAAGUUGGAAGAGACACUGGCAUCUGUUACAGCUGCACAGGCGAGAGAAAGAGCGUCUGCAUAUGACGAGAUUCUCAUCGCAAGUCAAGACACUGUAGAUGCCACGAAGCAUGCUAUUGACGAACUAGCAGGAGAAGGGGUUGGCCAAGGUGAUAGACGGAUGCAGAGCCUACAAAUUACUCGGACAGCGGUUAGCUACGACAUGGUCAGCUGGCGAAUAGGACGAAAUAGAGUAUUGGUUGGACAGCAAGACGGAGCAGUGGUCGAAAGUACACCAGUACAGCAAGGAAAGAAAAAGACUAAGAAACCAGUUCAGGAAGAAGGAACAGGCCGCAAGCUUGCACACCUGCGCGAGAAAGCGGUCCUCUAUGAUUCCAUCUUGCAGAGUCUGGAUUCGAUCAAGGAACUGCCUGGAGUAGCUGCAGAUACAGAAUUUCUGAGAGAGCUCGAUGGAAAGUAUAGCUACUUCUCAGCUUUGAAAUGCCUCACGAUAGCCCGCUCACACGCUUUACUCUCGAAUCCCAAGAACGCCUUGGCUCUUCUCGCCCGCGCCUCGGAAAAGUGCAAUGCUGCGUACUCACAGCUCGAAUUCACCAUGGACACAACGGACUCCUCACCGCCAAACAUUACUAUCUCUCCAAGCGAAGUUCAAUGCUUGAACAGCCUUCUAGACGGCGAGCUGCAACACUACCGUGCCCUCGUCGAACUAUCCAAUCUCAAUGAAAGCACGAUCAAGUCUGAGGAGCAAGCCAGUCGCCGACCUCUGGUUGAGAAGCUCCACGAAUUUCCAGUAAAGGACGUGGACUUUGAGAAUCUCGUGACGUACCCGCCAAAACUCGAGCCUAUCCCUGUAAAGCCGCUGUUCUUUGAUGCGGCGUGGAAUUAUAUCGAGUAUCCAGGAAGAGAGAUUCAGGAUAAGGUCGAGAGCAACUCUGUACCGGAGCCGUUCAUCAAGGGUCAAACGACUGAACAGGCUCCGCAGCAGAAGAAAGGAUGGUUUGGUUUCGGCAGAUAGUCUCGGAAUCAUACUACAUGUUGCUGAUAUCAACUGGCUUUUUGCAUCUUAGGAGCCGUGACAUGUACUGAAAAUCAUCCAUGGCAGCAAAAUACUAUAGUAAAUUGCUAUAGAGCAGGACAAUUGGCAUAAGUCAUGAAUUGCAGCUAAUUCAUCGCAUUUAACUCCAUCGCCUACGAUUUUGUGGCAACAUUAUGUACAAACUGCUCAAGCUCUAAAGAAUAAACUAGAAGAACAACAUA